CUCAAUCGGAUAGAGCGUCAGACUCUUAGGAGUGCAAGUUUCCAGCAGAUUCUGCGAUCUGAAGGCUGCGAGUUCGACCCUCGCGGUGGGCUACUGCGUUUUUGUCGGGGAAUCACAGCUUCCACCGCCCGGGUUACGGUCGAUCCUUUCUCGAUCACUCUGCGUAGACAAGAGGUUGCAACACACCACCAUGUCAUCGUUGGCACCGACAUACUAUCUCGCAUUCUGUUUGGUUUCUGUUUUUGUCUUGAAGACGGUUAAUGAAGUUGUCACAGAGCCGUACAUGGAUGAGCCUCUUCAUGUCCCGCAGGCGCAGGCGUACUGCAGGGGUGAUUUUUACUCUUGGGACCCAAAGAUAACAACUCCUCCAGGAUUAUAUAUAUUCAGUGUCAUCUUGAAACACAUAUUUGCUUUGAAGUGCAAUCUGGCAAUGCUUCGACUUAUACCCCUUCUUACCCUCGUGGCCCUUCCACUCGCUAUCACUCGGCUGUUAUGUUUCCACAAACGCGAACAACCCCCUUCCUCGUUCACCACACCUUCCCCCGAAGCAGUCGUACUAGCAUCCUUCCCAAUCGCUUGGUUCUUCGGUUUCUUGUACUACACGGAGGUGCCAAGUCUUCUCUUUGUGAUUUUAACUAUCACAGCCGCAACUCAAGGCAAGCAUUGGCGUGCCGCUUUCUUUGGAGCCAUAAGUUGUACAUUCCGUCAGACCAACGUUGUUUGGGUUCUUUAUGCGUAUGCAGCAAGUCAGCUCAUGCACCUCCGGUUCCGGAGGGCUGCUCCUGGUGCAGCGCCUCUGCCGAAACUGCACGAUCCACCUGCACUUGCUGCUGGUCCAGAGGAUAUCUUCAAGUCCAUAGCAAGUGCCCCGCACGUCGUACUAGACAUCCUGCAAAACUUCGUACCUUACAGUUUGGUGCUUGCAGCAUUUGCAGUAUUUGUUAUCUGGAAUGGCGGCAUUGUUCUCGGUGACAAGUCAAAUCACGUACCCGCGUUCCACAUUCCACAACUUUACUACUUCGUGGGCUUCGCAAGUCUCUUCGGUUGGCCUGCUUUGAUUAGCGGUCAAGAAGGUAUCCGUGGCUUGUUAUGGAAUAUUUGGGGACGAAUGUUCGGUAGCAGAAGGAAUGUGCUGUUCACGCUUCUAGCUUCGAUUGCCAUGGCCAUCACGAUCCACAAGUUCACGAUUCACCACCCGUUCCUUCUCGCCGAUAAUAGGCACUAUACCUUCUAUGUAUGGCGCAGAGUGUUUCUGCUCCACCCAGUUGUUCCAUACCUCUUGAUACCGGGAUACAUCGCAUGUGCAUGGGCAUGGUACAUUCGAAUAGGUGUCGAUCAAACUCUGUUACAGAACUUGCUCCUGCCCAUAUUCGUGCUUCCGACUCUGCUUCCAACGCCACUACUUGAGCCACGGUACUUUCUGAUACCGUAUAUUCUAUUGAGGGCACAAGUUGUUGAUGUUCCGGGGUGGGCGGUCGUGGUAGAGGGUGUGUGGUAUGCGGUCAUCAAUGCUGCCACGAUGUGGGUGUUCCUGUAUAAAGAGCGACCUGGGGUUGGUCGGUUCAUGUGGUAGACAAGUAGCCUUGACUGUUAUUUAUCCUUUAUUCCGCCGUACACUCCUUGUUCUUGUGUAAACGCGACGCGUGACG